AUGAAUGAUGAGGUGGUGUGGAGUGAUCCAACGGGUAUCCAAAUGAAAAAGAAGAGGUAAUACUCACUUUUAGUAGAGCUUAAUCCAGCUCUGGUGUGGAUGGCUUGCAGCGGUAUUAUCCCCGCUUAUAGGAUAUAUGGUGAGCUUCCUCUUCAGUAUGAUGACCGGCAACCAGGUAGAAGAUGAAACGAAAAAGCAAUAAUAGUGCAAUAUGUCCCAAAAAGUAGAUAAAAGGUAUAAAAAUAUAAAAGAUACACUCACAUUUAAUAGAGCUUAUACUAGCUCUAGUGUAGUAGGCAUGCAACGGUAUGAUCCCCCGUAUCUGGGAUAUGCGGUGAGCGUUCGUUAGUACAGUUCUUUAGGGUGGUAGCAGGAGCUCAGGAAGAAGAUAAUAAAAACAGAUAAUAAAACAGAUAAUAAAACAGCAAUAGUGCUCUCAGUAAAAUAAUGCUGAUUAAUAAAAUAAAAUAAAAUAUACUCACAGUAUAUAGGGCAGACUAACUGCUCUAUGGUAUAGGCGCGGGUGGUAUGAUCCCCACCUCAGGAUAUGUUGGAGUAUUGACGACAAUAGAUAAAAAAAGCCAGGUAUUUUAAAAUAAAAAAUAAAAAUAAAUAAAAGAUAGUGGUACAAGAGAAUAAAGUGACCAAAAUCUAUUUAUUGACAAUAAUUUAAAAAAUAUAUUAGUAUAAUAUCCAAACGCGUUUCACCAAUAUAGGCUUUAUCAAUGGAUUAAAAACCAUGUUUUUUAAUCCAUUGAUAAAGCCUAUAUUGGUGAAACGCGUUUGGAUAUUAUACUAAUAUAUUUUUUAAAUUAUUGUCAAUAAAUAGAUUUUGGUCACUUUAUUCUCUUGUACCACUAUCUUUUAUUUAUUUUUAUUUUUUAUUUUAAAAUACCUGGCUUUUUUAUCUAUUGUCGUCAAUACUCCAACAUAUCCUGAGGUGGGGAUCAUACCACCCGCACCUAUACCAUAGAGCAGUUAGUCUGCCCUAUAUACUGUGAGUAUAUUUUAUUUUAUUUUAUUAAUCAGCAUUAUUUUACUGAGAGCACUAUUGCUGUUUUAUUAUCUUCUUCCUGAGCUCCUGCUACCACCCUAAAGAACUGUACUAACGAACGCUCACCGCAUAUCCCAGAUACGGGGGAUCAUACCGUUGCAUGCCUACUACACUAGAGCUAGUAUAAGCUCUAUUAAAUGUGAGUGUAUCUUUUAUAUUUUUUAUACCUUUUAUCUACUUUUUGGGACAUAUUGCACUAUUAUUGCUUUUUCGUUUCAUCUUCUACCUGGUUGCCGGUCAUCAUACUGAAGAGGAAGCUCACCAUAUAUCCUAUAAGCGGGGAUAAUACCGCUGCAAGCCAUCCACACCAGAGCUGGAUUAAGCUCUACUAAAAGUGAGUAUUACCUCUUCUUUUUCAUUUGGAUACCCGUUGGAUCACUCCACACCACCUCAUCAUUCAUCACCCUCCUUCAUAUACCAGGAAGGAACAAAACUACAGAGACGAACAUAAUACCAAGUUUUUUAUUACAUUUGGACUUUAUUUCCAUAUUUUAAUAAGGACUUUUCAUUUCUGUCUAUUGGCGCAGUCCCAUCCUUCUAUUUGAUUGUCUUUUGUAUUUAUCCCAAGGUCACUUGAGGGAGUCCUUGUUUGGGAUUGCUGCCUCUUGUAUCUCUCUCCAAUAUAUUAGCGCUGACUCUAUUCUCUAUGUCUGUUAAUCCACCCAUUGUACAGCGCUAUGAAAUCUGAUGGCGCUAUAUAAAUAUUAAAAUAAUAAUAAUAGGUCCUGUAAAUAUUGCAGGACUGAAAUACAGAAAGGCCUCUGGUGGCUGUCUGAUUGACUAAACCUAGAGGUGUAAUUAGGGAACAAUGGAAACACUGUAUUUUCUCUAAAAAGGGAGUGUUUACAUUGAAAAGCCUGCAGGGACAGGCUAUAGACACCAGAACUACUACAUUACACUGUAGUGGUUCUAGUGACGAUAGUGUUCCCUUAAUUCUAUCUGACUUACUCUACAUGUCCUCAAACAUUUUAGAUUCCAGUCUCCCCCAAAAAAGAAAUAAGACAGUGGUAAAUUAAAUAUGAGAAUUUAGAAUUUGUUCCAUUGUUUUUCUUCCCAUGUCUCUUCACUUGACAGUUUAUUUCACAGCUUCGAGCUGUGCCUUGGGCUUUCCUUCAGGUUCCUUCAGAUUGUAUGCUAUGUACGAUUUCUUUGUUUUAAAAAAAAAAAAGAAAAAGGAGGAGAAAAAAGGGUUUUAAACACCUGCAAAAUUAUAGGUAAUUUCUGUAGCAUUAAGAAAUAUAACAGUUAAAGUGACAAUGACCGUAUAAAUCUAAAUAAAUAUCUUGUAAGUGGCUUUUUACGAUGUUUUAUUUUUCUAUACCUACCAAAGCAUUUGUCUCCUUAUUUAAAACUCUGCUAGAACAAUAAAUCGACUUAUUAAUCCCAGCAGUCCACUUUCCCUUUAACGACAGUCUUGGUUAUGAAAAGCUUUAUCAUAAAUCCUAUAUACUUCAAAUAAUCCUAUGGAAAGAAGUAGAAGCUCACCUCUUCCUCCUUUCAAAGUCAGUAUGAGAGCAUCCUCCCCCUAUCCCCAUUUAUUGUAUUCUUUUCUCACUGAUGUUGCGGAAUGAAAGGAAAUUGAAUUGUGUAAAUAUUAACAUGAGUAACCCUGUGUGACAUGUCAGGCCACAGAUCUGUUCUAUCCACCCUCUGACUACAAGCAAAGUUUUCCUUUAAUUAGAAUUGGACAAGAGAUACUGGUUUGACAGGCAUUUUAAAAGUGCAGAAGGCAAGAAAGCAGAUAAGAAGAAUAAUGAAUAGAUACCAUAAAAGUUAAAAUAAAUGUCUUUUUUUUUUUCCCUCAAUAGAAAUGUUUAGUGUAAGUCAAAUCUGAACGGUUAUUUUGGUCAUGGCAACUGCCUUCUCUACAUUCUGUGUGUUUGUAUUCUCUGCAUCCUGUGUGUAUAUAACCGUCUCUGUAGUGAAUAUCCCUGUAUGUGUAUUGUGAACGCCAAAUUCCAGUGAAUUAAAUCUGGAUGGCAAACCGGAGGCUAAAAUAGUUGGUUCGAAACAAUUCUCCAAUUCGACUUUUGUCACAGUAUGGCUAUAUUGGCCUCAGUUUUGCCAGUCUUAUUUAAUUUGUUAAAAUUUGCUGCUUUGUGAACUACCCUGUUUAAGAUAGACAAUACAAAAUGUUUGUGAUGUUUUAUCGAAAAUAAUGCCAUUGAAUGGUUCUAUAGACCUCAAAAUAAACCGUGAGGUCAAAGGUCUUGUAUUUGUUCCUAAAACACACCAGUUCAUGAUGUCACAGUCUGAAAAACUGUUACACCAUAUUGCCUUAAUAACCAUCAAAUGCAACUAAGUACACAAAAAAGCCAUUCGGUAACAUACUAAUGGGGGAGGACGGAGGUCGUUCACCCCAGGUGUUAACUAGGAGAGGGGUGCUUUCAGUCCAUACUGUAGCACAGUCAAGCAGGACGUUGGAAGAGGGUAUACAGGCUCCUCUAGGGUGGUGGAGGGAGAUACAUACAAGAGGGUUGGCGGUGGUCAAGCAGGAAAUUAAUGUGGAGGUAAACAUAUCGUAAAUGAGCAGAGGAGAGACCUAAGUGGGGAGGGCUGCAGAGAGCGACAAAAUUGGGUGACAGAAGGAGCGGGAAACAGAAGGGGAAAGGUGAUACAAAUUAUGUUGUACUACUCAAAGAGGUAUGAUUUGGUUCCCAUAGCUUCCUUGUACCAUAACCAAUACAAUAUGCUGUGGUGUCCAGGGCCAGAUUAAGAGCCCAGUGGGCCUGGUGCUGACAAUUAUGAUGGGCCUUAUUACAAAAUCUUAUUGACCAAAAACACUAAAACAGUCCUACCUCCUACACGUCAUGUAUCUGAUGGAGAUGGUGAUGAAGGGAAACUCAUAGGAUGCAGCUAUGAGAAAACACAUACCCUAUGCUAAUCUCACUCUUUCAACUUUCAAGUAAACCCAUACUCCCUAACAGCAGUGUCCAGUAAAGCAGGAGGUAUAUGGAUAGGGUAAAAGGGUGGGCCACUGAGACAAAUCACAUAACCAGAACUGCCAAAAGGGGCGAACAUACACAAAAUAGGGGAAUGUCUGUGUCUCCAUGUCUCCAAGUCCCUUAGUGUCUGUGUCCCCAUGUCUCCCAGUAUCCCCAUCUCACUAGGACACUAGGGGACAUUGAGAGACAUUGGGACACUGGGAGACAUGGGGACACUGAGAUACCAGGGAACACUGGGAGACCUGGGGACACUGGGAGACAUUGAGAAAUGGGAACACUGGGUGACUUUGAGACACAAGAGGACACUGGGAGACAUGGGGCACUGAGAUACUGUGAUACAUAGGGGACACUGGAAUAUAUAGUGGACACUGGAGACUUGAUAAAGACCAAAAAGGUGUGGUGUCCAAUAAACCUGCUUAAAUAUUUCACAGUGAGUGCCUGAGAUUUUUUAUACUGGGACACAGACACUUGGGGGCACUGUGAGACGUGGGGACACUGAGACACUAAAGACACUGAGAUACUAUGGACACAGAGACACCAGGGACACUGGGAGACAUGGGGAUACUGAAAUGCUAGUGACACUGGCUGGGAGACAUGGGGACACUGGGAGUGCCCUAUGUCUCCCAGAUCUCAAAGUCGCCAAGUAGUGGACACUGGAGACUUGAUAAAGACCUGGGUACAGGUCAAAACGUUUCGGUGUCCAAUAAACCUGCUUAAAUCUCCCAGUGAUUGCCUAAGAUUUUUUCUUUAAUACUAGGGGACACUGAGACACUAGGAGACAUGGGGACAAUGGGAGACAUUGGGACACUGAGACACUGGGAGACUAGGGGACUUUGGGAGACUAGGAAACACUGAAACACUAGGGACACUGGGAGACAUGGGGAUUCUGCAAUACUAGGGACAAUGGCUGGGAGACAUGGGGACACUGGGAGUGCCCCAUGUCUCCCAGGUCUCAAAGUCGCCCAGUGUCCCCAUGCCACUCAGUGUCCCCUAGUGUUUGUAUCCCCAUGUCUCCCAUUGUCCCUUAGUCUGUGUCCCCAUGUCUCCCAGUGCCUCAGUGUCCCAAUGUCUCCCAGUGUCCCCAUGUCUCCUAGUGUCUCAGUGUCCCCUAGUAUUAAAGAAAAAAUCUUAGGCAAUCACUGGGAGAUUUAAGCAGGUUUAUUGGACACCAAAACAUUUUGACCUGUACCCAGGUCUUUAUCAAGUCUCCAGGAAACUAGGGGACACUUAGAGACAUUGGGACACUAUGAGACAUGGGGACACUGGGAGAGACAUGGGGACACUGAGAGACUAGGAGACUAGGGACACUGAGACAUGGGGACACUGGGAGAAAUGGGGACACUGAGAGACUAGGGGCCAUUGGGAGACAUGGGGCCACUGUGUCCCUAGUGUCUCAGGGUCCCCAUGUUCCCCAGUGUCCCUAUGUCUCCCAGUGUCCCAAUGUCUCAGCGUCCCCAAGUAUCUCACCGUCCCCAUGUCUCGCUGGCUCGGAGCUUCUGUCUGGACUCUCUGUGCAGAGCUGCUCCCCCGCGGAUCAGUGAGUAGAGAGAAGGCAGGGAGGGAGAUGCUGUAACUUCUUAUCCCUGCCUCUCUCCACACAUACAGCGACCCUACUGGUCGGCACUGGUAUUGCAGAAUAAUCUCUAUUUAUACUGAGACAGACAUUUAUGCCUGAGAAAUACCUGGCAACCAUAAGAAAUACAUGAGAAAUACCUGGCAACCCUGCAGCUCCAUCAGCCCCUAUGUUAAUACGUCCCUGGUGGUGUCUAUGGUGCUUUGGCUGCCAACAGGAGUGGGAGUGCCAGUGAGGGCAACAUACUCUAGGUACAUCUCUAAUGCAAUCUGAGGAUUUUCAGGAGGAAACUGGUAAAAACAUACAUAACAAGCAUACAUUCAGUUCCAGUUUUUUUCAGUUUGUGAGUUAUGUUCGUUCUUCAUUUUUGCAUUCACAUAUAUUGUAUAAUUAUACAUAAUAUACUGUGAUAACGAUGCGAGUCAUCUAAGUCAGAUGCUAGAAAUAUUAUUGUGCCUUUUUUUUUUCUACUUAUUGCAUGUAGUGUGGUGACCAAAUAGUAAAUAAUUUUUUUCCAUUUUAAAAAUGUCUGGAAAUCAUUGAAAUUGACCCGUGGACGACUUAUUUAUUUAUAUAUAUUUAUAUAUUAUUAUUAAAAAAAAUUUAAAUUAAUUAAUUAAUUUAUUUUAAAUGUAAUUGCCAAAUUAUCAAGAUGGACCAUUAUCCAUGUCAGUGUACGAUUAAGUACUUUCCUAAUGGAUUUUUAUGGAAACUAGGAGCUGUUUAUCCAUAUGCUCUUAAAUGUUCAACCAUGAAUUUAGUUUGGUUAUACACAAUUUUAAAUAUUCCAUUUUAUGCUGGCAAAUUUCCAUCAUUGCCAAAGCCAUGGGGAGUAUAGAAGGCGCCCCUAAGAGAUCUUUGAAUGUUCCCAAUUUUACAGUCAUAUUACAGUAUUAAGUGAAGACCGCAAGCUCAGCCGUACUUUAAAUAUAAAUGUUCAUUGCUAUCUGGAGCAUGAAAUAUAUCCCAGGACGAUCACUCAUAUUUAAUGAUGUCGAAGGAGAAAAGCCACAUUCAUAUAUAUAAACAAAGUGAAAAUACCGGCACCCAAGGUUUUCCAGAAGAUAACUUCUCCAUUUAUUGCGGAAGAAAUUUUAUAUAUAUAUAUAUUUAUUUUUAUUUUAAAUGAAAUAGGAAGUUAUGUUUUAUGAGCUUUUUGCAAGAACACUUGCAUUUUGAUGUUAUUCAUUUGCAAAUAUAACAACCAUGCAGUUCGAUAUCUGGGAGCAUGGUGGUUGGGAUAGGCAGGCUGGGCACCCUUCAUCAUUAUUGCUACACAUUUCUACUAAUUAGGUUGCAGGCUUCAGGCAAGGGAUAGAGCAAGAUACAUUUAUAUAAAUCCUCACAUUAUAAAAGCUGGAAGGUGGUUAAAGAAGGCGCAUACAAAUUUAUUAUUGGGAGAGAUUUAUCAAAAUGUUGUGUUCUGCAAAGUUGCCCUCAACACGAAAUCAACCUGUACUGUUUUCACUUAAUUUGAUUCAUUUAUGAUUCUCAGUUAAUAUACAUGCAUCCAUCAUCUUGAAGGGAAAGUAUAGUCGAACUACUUUGGCUUAAAGGGUCACUCCUGGCACCUAAACAACCUUAUCUAAAUGAAGUUGUUAUGGUGCCACAGGCCCCUGGAGGCACUUUUACCUCAAGAGGUUAAACCAUUUUCGAACCCCUAAGUUUUCUCCAGCACCCGUCUCUGCUCCUCCCCGGCUGACGCUCUCAGCCAAUCAGUAACUCCCCAUUCAUUAAACUGCCUAGGAAAAAAACGUACUUUAUAGGAAGUACUUUGAGCUUUUUGUAAGUGAAAAUUCUGAAGCUGGAUGAGGCUGGAAGGAGUGAAGGGAACUUAGUGGUUAAACAGUUUGAGAACGGUUUAUCCGCUUGAGGUAAGAGUGCCUGCAGGGGCUUCCUGGCACCAUAACAACUUAAUUUAGAUGAAGUUGCUUUGGUGCCUGGCGUGUCCCUUUCAUUAAGCAGUUUUUGCUUAUAGAUCAUGCCCCUGAAGUCUCACUGCUGAAUUCCAUCAAGAUGUAAUAAUGUAUUCAGUUUCAAAUCCUAAAUCAACUCUGGGUGCUAUUAUCAGCGAUUACAUAUUAUCCCAUCUACACCUUGGGGUCACCUUGAGCAAUCUCUCUCAGCAUUCCCUGCCUCUCGCUCUUUUCUUUUGAUUUAUCUUUUCAUGUGUUUGAAGAUCAUAAGACUAAUUACUCCCCAAACAAUGUUUCUUUGUAGAUUUCUUCCAGUUUAAUGAAUGUGUCUUGAACAAACAUAAGUAAGAAAGCAAACCGUAUAAAAUAAAUGGUGGCUCUUGUAAUGCUGUAAAACUCUCAUUGUGUUGGUGUGAAAGGCCCAAGCAGAUGCAUGCUGGGUGUUUUUUUAUCUGCAUUGUCUGAUUGCUUGGUUACGGUGCAAAGUAAGACUAUCCUAUAAUUUAGAAUCCAUUAAUCCUUCUCAUUAAUAUUAAAUAAAAAUUUGAUUUUUUUUUUUAAAAACACAUAUUUACAUCUCUCUAUCUGAAUAUUUGUUCAUAUUAAUAGUGCGAAGGAGCCUUUGUAUUUCAUUAUUUGAAGUACAAAUUGCCACAUUCCUCUAAGUAGCUUUAUCUUUCUGAGCUGAAUUAGUGUUAGUGCCUAGUAGGAAUGGAAACGCUCUAUUUACCUUAUCUGAAGAAUAUAAUGUCUUUUUUUACUCUUGUAUUUUUUUUUCUGUUUACUACAUUAAAAGGAAGGUAAUCAUUAAAAAUAUUAACCCAAGGAACGCUGAGAAAUGCAAAAAAUGAAUUGUAUUUUUUCAGGCAAAUUUGAUUCACUAAAAAAACAUAUGCUAAGUUAAAGGGACACCAGAAUAACUAGAAUGUAUAGAGACUUUGGAUUAAGUCAGUAGAGCGGCUUCACAAACUCCACCAGAUUCAAUGGCAUGCCAAGUGAAGGUUUCAUCUGGUGAAGGCUUAAAGGGACAAUACAGUCAUCAAAACAACUAUAGCUUAUUGUAUUUGUUCUGGUGAGUAUAGUCAUUCCUUUCAGGCUUUUUGCAGUAAACACUGUCUUUUCAGACAAAAUGCAGUGUUCACAUUACAGCCUAGGGCCACUGGCCACUCCUCAGAUGGCUGAUAGAGGUGCUGCCUGGGGCCAUGCUGAAAUAAAAGUGUUGUUACUCUAAAUUUUUUGCGGAAGAUGUAUCAGGGUAAAAGGUAAACUUCUGGAUGCAAACUGCUAAAUAUCAAAUGCUAUUCUAUUGGUUCCCCUGGUGACUGCUCUUUACUCGGUGCAUGUAGACACUGGACUUUACCCUAUGCAUGUAGACACUGGACUUUCCUCAUAGAGAUGUAUUGAUUCAAUGAAUUUCUAUGAGGAGAUGUUGAUUGGCCAGGGCUGUGUUUAGCUUGUGCUGGUUCUGCCCCUGACCUGCCUCCUUGACAAGCUCAGCCAAGACAAUCUUUCUUGUGUGAAAGCAUUGUGAUUGGCUUUUAAACACCACGUCUGAUGAUGUCAGCCAAGCAGGCAGAUCAGGGGCAGAGCCAGCAGCAGCAGCAGACUGGAACAAAACUAAGAUUUUACUAUAUUAAGUGGGGCAAGGGGGGAUCAAGGGGCUAGAUGGUGUUUUAACUAUAGGUUCAGGAAUACAUUUUUGUGUUCUUUUAAUGAAUACUCUUCAUAAUUGUUAAAACCUAUCUGCACCACUGAAGUGCUCAUACUAAACAAAUAUUUUGUAGAAAAGAAAAUUAAUUUUUUUUAUUGUUUAAUAUACGUGCUCAGAAAAUCUGAGUUGUUUCACUGUGCCGUCUGCUACUACUAAUAAAUGUUUACUUUUAAACCGUAUCGUUUGUUGGCACAAGUACUAGUUAUAAUUAAAUUCAGUAUUUUUUUUUUUAUAUCCUGCUGAAGAUAUCAAUUCUGCCACAGCUGCCAUAAUUCUGACACAACUGCCAAAUGUUAGUGCUUUGUACAUCCUGGUCUUGAUUCUCAUUAGGCUUUUGCGGUAUUGACAUAUACUACUCAUAUUUAAUUCAUGUAUAUCAAUAUUAGAUCGCUAGUAGGUUUAAAUAACUCUACCAAAUGUUUGCCUGCUGCAAAUUUUGCUUUCAUCAUGUACUGCUAUUGCUAAGUGGUGGGUUUAACUUGUACCUCUGUAAGUUCCUGUGCAUUGGCUACACUAUGGGAGAGCUUUAGAAAGGCAAACUAUAUGCUAUUAUGGACAGAGCACCGAGUAAAGAGCAGUCACCAGGGGAACCAAUAGAACAGCAUUUGAUAUUUAGCAGUUUGCAUCCAGAAGUUUACCUUUUACCCUGAUACAUCUUCCGCCAAAAAUUUAGGGUAACAACACUAUUAUUUCAGCACUUUUGCAGAUUCUAAACAUUUUGUAAGCUUCCAUAUUCUAGAUUUGUCUUUUUGUUUCUGAAUCAUAUGUAGAUGUAUCCAUUCAUUUUCCUUAAAGAAAGUUGUGAUUAGGAAUUGUAUAUAUAUAUAUGUAAGUCUCGGUAAUAUGACAGCUAGUCAAUCAGAAAUGGACAAGUCAGAGAUUUAAUAUAUCAUUGAGUGCAUAUUGUUUGUCAGAAUAAAUAUUCAGUAACCUUCAUUCCCAGUAUGAAAUUCAUAAUGAGUACUCAAAGUAUGGCAAAGAUACAAGUAUGCAAAUAAAGCUCACAUGCAUUCAAUGCAGAUUAAUGUAAUUGAAUGCUAGAAUAACGAUAAAGAUGCUGAAUAUAACGUUGAUCAUUUCAUGUAUAUUUGUUUUGUGUCUUUUUUGUCUUAGAUAAGUUUUGGUAUUGCCGACUAUCACCUAAUCACAAGGUUCUACACUAUGGUGACAUUGAGGAGAGCCCCCAAGGAGAAGUACCACAUGAUUCAUUGCAAGAAAAACGUAAGUCACCUGAAUAUUCACUAUAUCACUUUAAAACAUGCAUUCAAUUAGCUAGCAAGGUUUUCAUACAUAAUUUGAUGUUUGAGAUAUCCACCUACAUUUUUGUGAGACGUAAGACUUUUUUUUCCAAGAAACUGUGCAUGCAGCAUCAGCUGGUAAGAUAGUUCAGUUGGUUAAUGCAUCAACUGCAGAAAAUGUUCAAACGUAAUUGUCACAUGUUCUCUUCUUGGUUGAGUCUUCUGGGCUUUUUUUUCUUCAAAGACAAAUAAACUCAGUAUUAUUACAUUGAAUAGGAUAUCUAUUAUUCAGCUACCAAUUCAGUUAAAUCUGCGAAUGUACGCUAAAGCGCUUGGCUUUCCAAUGGGGAGAAGGAUUCAGUGUAAAAAUAGAUUGUAUAAUGCAUUAUUACAUUUAUAAAACUGUCAGUCUAUGUGGCAUUCAUCAUCAUCAGCAAUAGAUUUUAAACUUUCCAUAGAAACACUGCUGAUUAACUUUCUCCAUGUGAAUGGCUUUUUGGAAUUACCAUCUUAUAUCCAUAUAAAAACGGUGUUGGUUUACGUGGUUGCCUGCGUUGUGAUAAUAGAUGGCGCCGGGUUGGAGCUUGUGGACUUUAGCAUUAUAGAUUAAGGAUGAUUGGCUUAGGACCAGUAGAAAACAUUCCUAAUGAGUUGAUUGAAAAGGCUCACCACCCCAGUCAUUGCACAUUGGGAAGUCAACCACAGAUUUAUGUUGGAGAUUAUGUGGCAACAAAGACACUUUUUUACACACGUGGUGGUCCUGUUCCAAGGUAGUAUGCUCUUGGCACUCUGCCCAAAACCUCUUCACCUUUGUAUUUCAUUGGCAUUUUCAGAACCUCUGGAUGGGUUCCCCACUCACCAGCAGAAACUCUACAAUAAGGGCACUAUGGCGGCCUGUAGUAGGGCUGUGGUUUCCAAAUGGUUGCAGACAGAAUUCCCUUAUCUGCAGGAGGUAACCGCUAAAAUUAAUGACACGCACACAGCCUCACCUCUAUAAUACAUAAAUCCUAGCCUGACUAUGACUAUGCUGUCUGAUAGAUGGUUGCCUUACAUGCUCUCUGCUGAGGAGAGUUCCACUUUUUUACUUGGUAGCUCUCCUUAAUCAGAGGAUUAGAGAUAUGGUGUGGUUUUGUUUUUUUUUGGGGGGGUGAGCGCUGUUAUGCUUCUUUAAGGUUACUAUAAUAAUGCUGCUGCUGUAUUAUGACAUGUAUCAUUGUUUUUAACUUGCUGCACUGGUUUACAAAAAAAGAAGUUUAAAAGAGGGUAACUCCAGGCACUAACACAUGAUUGGGACUAUAUCUAUGUUUGAUUACUGUUACUUGUGCUUGAUGUUUUUGUGCAGACACAGACAAAAACAUACAACCAAUAUACCCACCAGAGAAACACAUAUUUUACAUACAGCCUGCACACACAGAGGGCGAGACACAAAACUCCACAUGUUUGCUAAUUAAUUCCAAAUGGUUAAAAUAUACAUUUCUGGCUAUAGCAGAGUCGGAGUAUUUUUCCAGAAGAGCUAUUUUGGCCUCAGUUUUUUUUUUAUUCAGAUUAAACCGGGGGUGGGGGGAGUUAGUGAAUAACCCUGCAAAUGUCCAGGUCUAGGCAGGGUAUCACCAAAUACACAUUUUUGUUCCAUGGAAUAUAGGGUGUAGAACCAAUAGUCUAAUGACAGAGAGAGCAUUAUGGGAAAUUAAUUUAUGUGUGAAAUGAGCUGAAGAUUGACACGAGCUGGAUUCUCUUCAGAGAUGAACACUAGCAAAGCCUUUGCCAUUUGACCAGUGUUGUUAACAAGGAGUAGGGCAGGCACAGACUGAGGGGAACAGCCGUGUUUUCGUGUUCUAUAAAUGUGUUGCAAUUCUAAUUAAAGAGACAUCGAAAUUAUGUUUUAUUUGCUUGUAACAGAAUGAUGAAUGAAAAUUACCCACUUUGUGUUCCCUGUACUGACAGCAUAUACUUCAUUAGGAUUAAUGAUUGAAAACCUGUGCCCAGAAAAUGUGCUUUUUAUUAGAAAUAAUACAACAAAUAAGAACUGACUUGCCUAAUGUAAUGCAUAGGUUUCUCUCUCUCUUUGUAAGCCAGAAAGUCCACUGGAUUCUUAAAAAAAACAAAAAAAACAUGACAUGUGCACAGUCGUUAUUCGGCAUGUGCUAAAACCUUAAUAAAAUAACUCUGUGACACCAUUUCUGUUGGAGUAUAAAGUCCACAGCUUUAUUAAAAAUUUUAAUUCAACAAUUUAACAAUUUAGGGUCAUUGUCACAAGUAUUAAUUAUGUCCGACCUUCUUGCCCAAUACCCCCGACAAUGACCCUACCAAAUAACAUAAUAAAACAUUCCAAUAAUACAUAACGUUUAACCCAUGGCCUACCAAAGAGGCCCCAUAACCAUAUGUUUAACUGUAGGGGUGUACCCAGACACCCCUACACCCCCAGAUUCGUAGCCACCAACGAGCUAGAACCUACAAACCAUUUUCCACUCCGGCAUAGUCCAGCCUAGACCUUGGCCUGCCCACUUCCUAUUCCACCUAAAUCCUCUUUAACCCAGGCCCUAUUCCCGCCGCUGUGACCAAACGGGAAACUACCUACCAAACAAGACAACCUAACACAAAGGGAGGGUGGGCGGGACAAGUAUCAAGUAAGUGUGAUUUUGAUUAAAAAGGCCAGUUCACCAAAAUGGCUGUUAUUUAAACCCUUAUUCUCCUCCCCCCCUGUCCAGACAUUACUUUUCCACACCCCUUGACCUUAACUUCACCUGCCAACUCUCUGGCCCUGUCAAGGCCCACUCCCCUCCUGUGUUGCUCCAUGGGCUUCAAAAACAAAGGUCUUUUAGGUGCCUCAUUUCUUAAACAUGUUUCCUACUGUAUCCCACUUAGAACUUUAUCUAGCCCAGAUGCAUAGCCUAACUUAUACCACAGAGACUAUUUCCCUCCUUACCCUUGUGUAUUCUUACACAGAGGCAUAUAUUAGUAGAAGUAAGAGCCUGUAACAGAGUAAGAAUUGAAAGAAGGGGAUAGUCUGAAAGAAAGACCAAGGAAGGAAAGAUGGAGAAAUUCUGAGACGAAGACUGAUGGAAAUAGACUUGUGCACAGUGGAAAUUCAGAUCAUCUGAAAUUAAUUUUGCCCAUUAGUCAAUUUAUUUCAGACAAAAAUUUUUGAUAUUUUCGGUUUGGAUUUUUCAGAUAAAAUGAAAAGUACCGACCACUAGACAUGUACAAAAAAGGUGAAGCAGGAUUGAUUGACAGAGAUAAUUUAGAAAAGAGGUAGAAUAGUAAGGAGAGAAAAGGCAUAGACACAGGUGGGAAAGGGGACAACUGAAAUAGAGAGGCAUAAUAAUAAAGGGGGGCUGAAAAAUAAAUUAGCUGGGGGGGAAAUAUGAGUAGGAAAAUAGGCUAAUAUGUAAUUAUAGGAUUGUGGCUGACCCUCAGCCAUUAAGGGGCAAAAUGCGCAAAUAUUUCUCGGUGUUAUUUAAGUUGUCCCCUUCCCCACCUGUCUCCAUGCCUUUUCUGAGAGUAGUGGUGUUAUGGAGACAAGCUCAGGCACCGAGUGUAGUGGAGUUGUGGAUAAAUUCUCCGGCACCGAGACUAUGGUGAGGCCUAAUAGAAAGAAAUUAUUGGAGGAUUCUAUCAUAAGAGGUGUGGAGCUGGACAAUAGUGGUCUUGUGAGAUGUCUUCCCAGAGAUACUGCUCACAGAGGCAGGAGACGUAUUUGUAAUAUUGUUAAGUGAGCAAAGCAGGAAGGGGAAUUGGAUGUACUUGUCCAUCUAGGGACAAAUGACUUGGCUAGCAAUGAGGUUUCAGAGGUAAAGGACGUUUUUUGUGUUUUUGCCAAUGAUAAACAACAGGUCGCUUCCACACUGUCAUUUUCUGAAGUUCUGCCUGUGCAUAACACUCAGAACUACAGGCGGAUGUGUAUUAGGGACUUUACUUGCAGCUUGGUGAAUGGUGUCGGGAGCAAGGAUUUGGCUUUAUUUCUCAUGGUAGCUCUGUUUGGAGUGGAAAUAAACAGUACAAAAAAGAUGGUUUGCAUCUUUCUCAAAAGGGAACAAAUGUUCUCAGUGAGCAGUUUCGGAAUUUUUGCUAGGAUGUAUUUCAACUUAGGGGGUGGGGGUGGUCAAAAGGGUGAUAAACAUCAAUCCAAUUGCCCCCCAAAACAAGGACAGAAUGUGCCUGUAGCAAGUGUGUAAAAAAUGAUAAGCUUAGAAUCAUGUCUACAAAUGCUUGCAGUUUAGGGAAUAAGAUCCAUGAACUUGUGGCAAUAAUGGCAACUGAUAAUGUAGAUUUAGUCUCUGUUACUGAGACAUCGUAAAAUGAGAAAAAUGACUGGGACAUAGCAAUACCAGGGUACUCUUUAUGUAGAAAAGACAGGAAGGGCAAGAAAGGAGAGGGGUAUGUGAAGGAUAAUAAAAUCCAUGAACUUGUGGCAAUAAUGGAAACUGAUAAUGUAGAUUUUGUCUCUUUUACUGAGACAUGGUAUAAUGAGAAAAAUGACUGGGACCAUAGCAAUACUAGGGUACUCUUUAUAUAGAAAAGACAGGAAGGGCAAGAAAGGGGCCCUGUAUGUGAAGGAUAGCAUAAAUCUAGCCAAAUAAAAGUUAAUGAGGCGAACAUAGAGUUCGUUUGGGUUACGUUAGAAUUUGGAAAUCACACAGUAACUCGUGUAGGUGUGAUUUAUAGGCCCCCAGGACAAAUAGAAGAGUUGGAUAAUCUAUUAGUUGAGGAAAUAGCUAAAAUUACCAUGAAGGGGCAAGUUAUCAUCAUGGGUGACUUUAAUCUUCCUGAUGUGAACUGGAAAACCAACAUAGCUGCUUGUGCCAGGAGCACUCAUAUUCUAAACUCCCUACUGGGAUUGUCUCUAAAACAAGUCAUUGAGGAGCCAACUCAUAAAAAGGCCAUACUAGAUUUAGUGUUAACAAAUGGAUAUUUGGUAUUAGAUAUUACUGUAGGUGAAAGUUUAGCACCCAGUGAUCAUCAGUCAGUGUGGUUUAAUAUAAGAACAGUGACUGAGUCACACCACACAAAAACAAAAGUUUUAGACUUUAGAAAAACAGACUUUUCUAAAAUUAGAAUAUGUGUAAAGGAGUCAUUAUCAGACUGGAGUCCAAGAGUAAUGGGAUUAUUUAAAAGUUGCUCUGCUGAAGGCAACAGAAAAUUGCAUUAGGCUUGUCCGUAAAAACAAAAAAUUUAAGAAAGCACUGUGGUACUCUGCAGAUGUGUCCAAAAUAGUAAAAAACCAAAAAGUUAGCAUUUAGUAAUUCUAAAAAAAAAAACAGAGUGAGGAAGAUAGACAAAUCUAUAAGAUUAGGCAGAAAGAGGCUAAGCAAGUUAUAGGAGCUUCCAAAUUACACACAGAAGAGAAAAUAGCACAGUCAGUAAAAAAAAAGGGGGACACAACAUUUUUUAUAUAUUUAGAUAGAUAAAUGAGAAAAGGAAAGUAAAAUAUGGAUUACUUAGAUUAAAAACAAAAGAGGAAGGUAUGUAGAAGAGGAUAAAGGUCUAGCUGACUGCCUCAAUUAAAUAUUUUUGUUUAGUAUUUACAGAUGAAAAUGAAGGAAAGGGGCCUCAGUUAGGAAAAAGGACAAAUGAGUCAUUUGUUACAUGUGAGUUUACAGAGGAAGAGGUUCUAUUUCAACUGUCAAAAGUAAAGACAAAUAAGUCAAUGGGACCUGAUGGAAUACACCCAAAGUUAUUAAAAUAGUUUAGUGGUGUUCUAGCAAAACCAUUAACAGAUGUAUUUAACCAAUCAUUGUUAACAGGAAUAGUCCUAGAAGAUUGGAAGUUAGCGAAUGUUGUGCCCAUUCACAAGAAAGGUAGUAGGGAGGAGUCUGGCAACUAUAGGCCAGUAAGCCUUACUUCAGUAGUGGGGAAAGUAAUGGAAACCAUGUUAAAGGAUAGGAUUGUUGAACAUGUAAAAUCACUUGGAUUUCAAGAUCAGAGACAACAUGGGUUUACUUCAGGGAGAUCCUGCCAAACUAAUCUAUUUUUGAUUGGGUAACUAAAAUAAUAGAUCAGGGUGGUGCAGUAGACAUUGCUUACCUAGAUUUCAGUAAGGCUUUUGACACUGUUGCACAUAGAAGGCUUUUAAAAUAAACUGCAAUCUUUAAGUUUGGAUUCAAAUAUUGUUGAAUGGGUAAGGCAGUGGCUGAGUAACAGACAACAAAGGGUUGUAGUCAAUUGAGUAUAUUCAAAGCAUGGUCUCACCAGUGGGGUACCUCAGGGAUCUGUACUUGGACCCAUUCUCUUUAAUAUUUUUAUUAGUGAUAUUGCAGAAGGUCUUGAUGGUAAGGUAUGUCUUUUUGGUGAUGAUACUAAGAUAUGUAGCAGGGUUGAUGUUCCAGGAGGGAUAGGCCAAAUGGCAAAUGAUUUAGGUAAACUAGAAAAAUGGUCAGAGUUGUGGCAACUGACAUUUAAUGUGGAUAAGUGCAAGAUAAUGCAUCUUUGACAUAAAAACCCACAGGCAGAGUACAGAAUAUUUGAUAGAGUCCCAAGCUCAACAUCUGUGGAAAGGGAUUUAGGGGUAGUUAUUUCUGAUUAAAAGUACCUUUAAGGAACUUAAAGGUAGGCAGACAAUGUUAUAGAGCAGCAGGAAAUGCUAGCAGAAUGCUUGGUUGUAUAGGGAGAUGGAUUAGCAGUAGAAAGAGGGAAACGCUCAUGCCGUUGUCCUCACUUGGAGUAUUGUACGCAGUACUGGAGACCGUGUCUCCAGAAGGAUAUUGAUACUUUAGAGGGAGUUCAGAGAAGGGCUACUAAACUGGUUAAUGGAUUGCAGGAUAAAACUUUCAAGGAAAGGUUAAAGGAACUUAACAUGUAUGUGUAUUUGUAUAUGACUAUAUUUAAAAGAAGAAAAACUAUCACAACAAGAGGACAAAGUCUUAAAUUAAAGGGACAAAGGUUUAAAAAUAUCAAGAAGUAUUACUUUACGGAGAGGGUAGUGGAUGCAUGGAAUAGCCUUCCAGCUUAAGUGGUAAAGGUUAACACAGUAAAGGAGUUUAAACAUGCGUGGGAUAGGCAUAAGGCCAGGAACUAAUAAAAGUAUUUAGAAAAUUGGGCAGACUAGAUGGGCCGAAUGGUUCUUAUCUGCCGUCACAUUCUAUGUUUUUAUGUAUUCUUGAGGACUUAAGCACUUUUUUAGUGCUUAAACAAAUAAAUAAAUAAGACAUUUAAUGCAGAUAUUUGUUUUGUGUUCAGUGUGUACAGAAAGCAUGUCAAACCCAAAGUCUAGCAAGGGCCAAAUAAACAAGGUUUAAGUUUAUGUGGGCCCCAAAAAAAGAAAACCUGAAAUUUUCAUAGAAACUUAGGUUUAUUUUGAAAUGUACAGUAUAAAAAAAAAACAGCAUCCCCCUCUACUAAACCACAGCACCCCCCAUUUACUAAAUCCCAGUCCCCCCACUCUAGCCAACAAGCAGACUCCACUCACAUUGCCGCUGUCAGUAUGCAACUCCGUAACCCGGCGUCUGGUAUAUCCCAAAUGGAGCUGUCCGCACCCUGUGCCAAAGCAGAUCCUCCCACUACUUCUUGACACCACGUGAAGGUUGGAAUGUGACGUGGCGUUGCGUGCCUCCGUGCACCUACGGGUCCUCCACUGUCCAGGCACGGCCAUCGCAACACUGACUGACACACACACACACUCACUGACAGACACACACAUACACACUGACAGGCACAUGCACAGACACACUCACUGACACACACACACACACACUUUUGAAAGCCACACUCAAUGACAGACAGUCAGACACACUGACAGACAGACACACUCACUGACAGACUGACACAAAAACUCACUCCCUGACAGACACACUCACUGACAGACACACACACACUCACUGAAACACAGACACACACACAUUAUAAUAAUUAUGCCUGGGUUCCAGUGGGGUCUUCUGUCUGGAGAUCUUCUUCCUGCUCCUCAUGGCUCACUCGCACACAGUUUAAUGAUGCCGGGCGCCGGAAUAUAAUGGAAUAUAUUACCCUGGCCGGGUAAAUUAUAGCAGAGUAGGUACCUGCAAUGUGGGGAAUACAGGUGCCUACUCUGCUUGGAACAUUAGGCAUGUGCUCACUGGCCUGCAAAGCUGUUCAUUGUGGGCCGCGAGUUUGACAUGCUUGGUUUACAGUAUCUAUAGAGUAGGGGUAAGCAACCUUUUACUGGUACUGUGCCAAAACACGAUCUUGAAGUCCCUUGGCGUGCCUGUCCUAUUUUUUUUUUUUUUAUUGAGUUGUGUAUGUUGCUGAAUUGUGCUUGUGUUAUUUAUGGGUGCUACAGUUGCUUUGUAACAUUGUAUGUGAGCUGUUAUAUUGUAUAUGUUCAUGAGUAGUUUGUGAUAUUGUGUAUGAUACUUAUGAAUGUGCGCUUUGCAUCGGGAAUGCUUGUGAAAUUGUGUGGCUGAUAUGUCAAAUUGUGUGUUUGGUUUAUGUGUUGGGAUGCUUGUGGUAUUACAUGUGAGUCUGCUUGUGGAGUUGUGUGCAUGUAUGUGGAUUGUCAGUGGUGGUGUGCUUGUGGGAACUGUGGAUGGGCUGUUUGCAUUAUUUGUAUAGGGGAGACUUAUUCUGCAUCUCUGUAUAUAUCUAGCAGUGUGUGUGGCUUUCCUGGGGUCCAGUGGGGACCGGGCUGGCCAGGUACUGGACUCCUGAUAGUCCAGAGCUUGUUUGACUCUGGCAACCUUGAGUGCACUGCAUAUGCACCUCAAAUGCCAAUGCUCUGCACACGUGCCAUAGGUUGCUGACCCCUGAUCUAGGGAAAACAAUAACUUGGUCUGUUGCCUGUGUUCCUUCUCCUUCUGCAUAAUCAUUACAGUGAGCUUGAAUUCAUUCCUUAGAAAGGUAAAUUGCGGUUACAAAUAGUACUGUAUUGCUCCAAGGAGGAGACAAAACAGUGUGUCCAAAAAGAAAAUGGCUGUCUGAAAAGGUCAUUGAUAAUAUGGAAAGUGUAAAAUUGUAGCAGAGUGCAAGAAAAAAUUCAAUGAAAACUGUGUCUAGUAUGGCAGAUUAUGUUUGAUUAGCUGAUAUGAGUAUACUAUACAAUGUUGGUGUUCCAUAAAUGUAAAUAUGUCUUGACAGAUUCUAGGGAACAUUUCCUUAUCACACCGAAAAUGUGUACAGAGUGACAUUUCACACCUGUUACUACGUUGCAAUAUUGUGUGAGAUGUUUGUAGUCUUGCAAUCACAAAACAACAAUCAAAGCAACUACAGCAGUGUACGUGCUGUGAAUGUAAAGUGGGCCACCAUCAGUAGGCAUGUUCUUCCUCUGACUUUCUUGGUAUACACUGCUAUGCCUUUAGCAACUGUGUUUGGCAUUGUAACAAACCACCUCUUUUACCGGUAGGAUUUUGUCACAGAUCUUAUGGUAACCACAGCCUUCUAGAGUAAUCAAAGUCCAGGACACAUUCAGCUUAGUUUUUCUGAUUUAUUUGGUGCAAAAUAUAUAGGUACUUCAAAAUAAAAUAAACAAAACAAAAUUCCUUGUUCUUGUUUGAGCACUUACUAAACAGAGUAAUUACUAUCUGGAAUUGGGUGGCUUUCCCACUUACCAAUUUACAAUAGCAAAAUAUAGCUGCAAAACACACCAUUCCUAUGGCUCUUUCUCCCUCACUCUGCAGCAGGCUGAUCCCUUCUUUUAAAAGCCUGCCUGCUAAUUGACCAGCUAUAGGUGAGUAUCAAUUAGUUCACAUACAAGUCCUGGUCUGGCUGUUAAAUAGCAACUAGUGCUGUUGGAGCAUUGGCCCACCCUGCUCUCCAAAUGCUCCACCCCAGGGACCCUUACCAUGGUUUGCAGAGUACCAACAAUGUAUCUUGCAAACCUAAAAUCUCUCCCUGGGGCAUUUAAUUGAGAAACCUCAUUCUGCCGUUUAGUAAAUCAGGCCUAAUGUAUCUUCCCUCAACAACCAUUCCACAUUUUCUUUCACAGCAUGUAUUGGUUGACAGGUGUGGGUGUCAAUGUAGAGGUGUAUUUUAAUGUUCUUUAAUAUUAGCUUUUUUUGUACAGUGGCAGGUACACUUUAAAUGGAAGCCAUGUUAUCAUAAAUACCCAUGGUGUUUAUUCUGUACCCUACAAGAACAGAAAUCCGUAAGAGGCGGGGAACCUUUUUCUUUAAAUUGGCACUUCAAAAAACACAUUAACAUGCUUUUAUCGAUUUCGAAACAGCAAGAUUAAAUUUGUCUGAAGGAUUGGAAUGCCUGCCAAACUUAUAAAAUAUAAGCCUUCCUUCUAAAGAGUUAUCCUUCUCCACAAUCUGACAGUAAAGAACAGAUUAUUUAACACCCAGUUUAAAAAUAUAUUGUUAAAUAUGAAUUGCUCAUCUAACUUCAUUCCCAUGUUGUAGUCUAAAAUAUGUUGUGCAGCAUUUCCUGAGCAUUUUGAAAGAAUCAAAGCUGAUUUUUAUUGUAUGCACAAGUAGGCUUAAAGCGGCACAGUCUUCAAAAAUAAACUUCAUCUAAUCUGUUUCUAUAUAGCUCCCUGUGUCUAAAUCUAUGUUUAUUAUUUCCUGAAUUCUCUAGUUUUUAGUAAACACAUUAAUACAAUUAGGGACUACUUGUCCUCAUGUAUGGCAGUCGGGUUGACAAAACUUGACAAUGGGCGGAGUUUAAAGAAAGGUUCAGUUUCUGUUGCCAGUCAAAUUUACCCACAAUCCAUCAAUAAAAAUCAAUCACACAAAAAGGCAACUGCAGAUAUCAUGGGCAGAGGGGGACAAAAUGGCUGCUCCCAGAUUUUGAGAUUUGGCACAAGGAAAAAAGCAUAAUAAAUAUAAAUAAAAGCUGGAGGGGGUAUUAUUAUUAAGAUACAUGGAGCAUAAGGAGAGGAAAACCAAAAAAAAAAAAAAAAGACAGGUCCGCUUUAAGGGUUUUUUUUUUUGGUGUCCAUUCUACAAGUCAUUGAGGUAUAGCAUCCUCCCCAGGUGACUUUGGUCACCCAGUUGAUAUUAAAAUGUAAUGGCCUGGUUCCAUAGAACUGUAACGUAUGGGAAUUGGAAGGAAAAAAUAAUUACAGAUUUGUAUCACUGUUAUAAUGGGCUCAUGUCUUUAUUUUGAGCAUGCUUUUGCAGUGCAGUGACCUGAAAGCAUUGUUCCAAAACAAAAGCAUUUUAGAAUAAAACAAACCUUGCACACUUCUCCAAUGUAUUACAGACAGGCUAUCUUUAAUGUUCUUUCACUGUGUAAUCUUCUCACAGUUAUUAAAUGUCUGAGAUUUCCAGAAUGAAAGCAGGAAACAUUCUGCGGAUUAUCUCCUUAAUGGUAAUUACAGUAGGAGAUUUGGCAUAAACUGUAAACAUAAAUAAGAUCACAUUGUCUGCAAAAUUAAUCCUCUUGUUUGUGUUCAGCAAAAUAAAGGAGAUUGGGCGGUACAUAAAGUCAUUAGUUAGAAAACGGAACUGGAGAAUGGUCUCUUACACAAAUUAGUUCUGAUGUUUUGUUUAUUAUAAAUGGUCUCAGUGAAUAAUUUAAAGAUGAACUGUCAUGUUUGAUUCACAGUUGUGAUGAGCAAAAAAAUAAAUAAAUAAAACACAUUAAAUUGUUCAGAGUGACAGUAUUUCUCCAUAAUGCUCAGGGAUUACCCUGGCGCAAAAAAAAAAAAUGCCAUACGAGCAUGUGUAUGCUCAGGCAAAUAGCUUCAGUUGAUAGAGACACUGCAGCUUUUUUGCACAGCCAAUAACUUCUCUAUAGUGAUAAGGUUAAAGGACCACUGCAACACCAUAAUUACUACAAACCACUGUAGUGUUUAUGGUGCCAAAUGUGCCCUGAUGUCUUCACAGAGUAACUUGUCAAACUGUUGACAACUAAGUCACAAAAGCUGCUUUAUGCCUCCCCUGCUGCCUGACGUUCCUGCCACUGACCUAAUCCCAGCCAUGCAAGGAGAGUUCAUCUAGUGUUCUGAGCCAAUGAGCCGGCCCUACGCUACAGAGUUUAGGAAGGAAAAAUGAGCUCAUAGCACAAGAGAAGGCAGUAAUAGUCCAUUGGGAACUGGGUAAUGUUGUGAAACCAUUUUACUGUGUAUUCUGGCAGGGUGCCAGAACACUCCUGGCACCAUAACCACUACAACUGCCUUUAUGGUGCUCAGAUUGUUCCUUUUAUCAAUCUCGCUAAAGAGAAGCAUUCUCAUAACCGACCUCCAAAAUCCAUGCCUGAUUCUGGUGACAAUGUUUGAUUAAAGGGAUACUAUAGUGCCAGGAAAACAAAACCGUUUUCCUGGCACUAUAGGUUCCCACAGUGCCCCCCUCCCAUGGCGCUGAAGGGGUUAAAACCCCUUCAGUCAUUUACCUGAAUACAGCGCUGGAUCAGGCUCUGCCCACGCUCCCCCACCGACAUCAGCCGUCGGAGUGCUAAUGUGCAUGCCUGGCAAGUGGCGUGCUAUAGGGUUCCCUAUAGGAAAGUAUUGUUUUAAUGUCGGGGAUUUGAUUGAUGCUGGAUGUCCUUACGCACAGCGUGAGGACGUCCAGCAUCAUUUAGGCAACUUUUGGUCUCCUAACCACCUGGAAGUCACUAGAGGUGGCGCUAACCCUGUGAUGGAAUUAUUGCAGUUUCUCAGAAACUCCAAUAAUUACCACUGUAGGGUUAAGGGACAUGGAACACUGCAAUGAGCUGAAGUGGUCUGGAUGCCUAUAGUGUUCCUUUAAUGAUAAACAUGGAAUGUAAAUACAUUUGUAGUAAAUCCUGAACACAUAUAUUCCACAUUGUAGGACUGCAAAGUACAUAUGCUUUUUAAGAUGGGACUUAUUGAGCUAUCUGUUUCUUACUUUUGUUCAACCAUUCAAUUAUACUGAAUCCUAUCCUACAGACUAAACUUUACAAGUCUCUAUAAAAGUCACUUCUUAGAGUCUGCAUGAUGUAAUGAUUGACAUGGUGGCACUUUAUAUGCAAUAAAAUGUCAUGUAUGCAAAGUGCUUGACAAAUUGCCAACACAUUUUAUAGAUAAUGUUAGUCUAUUUUAAGGAUUCAUUCUUGUACCUUUAUGCUUGCAUAGAUACCAGCUUAUUCCCAGAAUGCUGUGCGUGCAUGCUCUUAAAGUUUCUUCUAAAACAGCACAUGCCAAAAUAACUAAGCUGUACAAGUUUGGUUAAGAUUUUUGGUCUAUCGUAUCAUGCGCUAUUUUAUGAAGGCACAGCUCAAAGAAAUUAAUUUACGCAAAGUCCUUCAGUAAGAGACGUAAAGAUGUAAAAAGAGAUAGUCUAAGCACCAAAAUCACCCCAUCUUCAUGUAGUACUUGUUGGGGCAUAAAUCCUGCCCCUGCAGCUUUGCAAAUGCUUAAAUUUUUCAGUUUCCACGCCUACUAGUACUUGGCAGGGAGACAGCCUCUAGGGGUUCCGGACUGAAACAGUUUCCAUAAUGUAAUCUAUUUUUUGUUUGAAAGCAUACUUAUGUGGAUUACUGCAUGUCUAAUGCAUCUCUAUGAUGACAAGCAUCUGGUUAAACAUCAUCAAUCGUAGUCUCACUGGAGAAGGAUCCGUCUGCAAUCAGGAGUCUCUCUUGGCACUGAGAGAAAUUAAAAAAUGUAUGUCUAUUGGCAUCACUAUCAAAGAUGGGAUUAUUUACUGUGUCUUUUUAGAAUUCUGCUAGGCAUUAUUGAGAAAACUUUAUCUGAAAUCACAGUUAUAGGUGCAAAUAAUGUUGAAGAAUCCCAAAGUGUAAAAAAAAAAAAUUAAAAAUUAAAUCACUAUUUAUAGUGAGAAUUUGGGUAUUUAUUCUUUUUUGGGGAGAGCAAGCUUCAAUGAGUAGCCAAAACUACCAAUUAAAAUUAGCCUCUCCUUUUGUGCCUCAUCUUAUACACCUUGUAUGUUAUAACCCUAAACAUAGAUAUGUGUAUUCUAUAUGGUAUGGUAUCUAACCUAGAGGAACAGAAGCAUUAUUGGUGCAAAAUGUACAUUAAAACUAUUUUGCCUUAAUUGUGUUUGUUUUGUGUUUUAGUGCCCAUAGCAGACAUAAAAGCAAUAGUGACUGGGAAGGACUGCCCACACAUGAAGGAAAAAGGAGGCAAACAGAACAAGGUGAGAGGAAUCAUAUUCCACCUCGUAUUAAGUGAAAUGUUAUUCUCUUUUCCUGUAGUGAUUCAUCAUAGCCAAAUGUUUCUUCCCAGUGACACAAUUUAUGUCACUUCGUUAAGUAAGUCUGUAAUUAACAGAUGACAUCUACGGAUGCCUUGAAGCCAUCAUAGUAGGAUAAUUGCACAGUAAGCCCUUUACAUGUCAGAAUCCAUAACACUAAUGGAACUAAUAGUUUUUAUAUCCUUUAUAACUGUUUGGUUUGCAUAGUAAUCCAAUAGAAUUCAUCUAGAUACUGAUCAAAUAGGUUUAACCAUUUUACAGUGCACUUUUUCUGGAUACAUUUUCUAUGAAUAAAAGGUUGUUAAAAAAAGAAGAGAAAAUUGAGUUACCAAGAUGGAAGCAGUGGCUUGUUUAUUAAUCACGCUCAGAACAUUCUUAAAUAUAUUCUGGAUUUAUUACAUAUAUAUAUUUCCAUCUUUCAUUUGACCACUUUUCAUCUCGUUUUAUGUUCCCGCUGUUGGAGAUCCCUAUUGCUUCAAAGAGACAUAGCAGACUCCUGGCCAACUGAGAUGCAUAUUGAAGAUAAUGAUAAAAUUACUUAUCUUGCUUAACAUUCGUGCUCCAUUUUUAUAUAAAAUGCACGAAGUCCAGCUCAUUAUGAUCUUCUAUUCUUCAGGGAGUUUCAGAUGUUUUUUUUCUUGGUUUUUCCUUUCGUGUCUUUCAUUUUUUUCCGUUCUGCUUUAUUUUCCAUCCUUCCUCGUUGCUUUUCUUGCUUUUUUUUACUAUAUUGCUCCAAUUUUAUUCUCUAGUCUCUCAACUACAUGUGUAGUUUUUAUUGCAAUACAUUCCCCCCGCUGUCCCCCCUCCACAGUAUUUUAUUUUCAUUGUUAUAGUAAUGGAUUAUGUCACAUUUUCCAUAUGGUUUCUCUAUUUGAAUUACAAGCGUGUGAAUCUGAACAGGGUACAUUCUCUCUCCUUCCUCUGUUUCUUUAUAUUAUUUUUAUAUUAAAAAAAUUAAAAAAAUCUGUUCAAAUAAAAUAAAAAAGCAGACACGUCAUUUCAAAAUAUAUAUAUAUGUAUAUAUAUAUAUAUAUAUAUAUAUAUAUAUAUAUAUAUAUUACUGUUACUACAACAAAUUGUGUUUGUUCCCCAAAACACAGACACAAUUGCAAGCAACCAUAAUACUUUGCUUGUUUAAUUUCUGCGAUCAUUCUGAUUUUUACCAUAAAAUGUAUUGUGGACAUUAUAUAUCUAAAUUCUUAGUAAUUCUGGUUGCAUUCUAUUUAAUUGACAAAACUUUGUGGAUGAUCUUCAUAUUGCUUAGUGAAGUUCCCUCUUGUGUUGUAAGUACAGUUACAACUGAAAAAUAACCAGUAUGAUAAAAAAGUCACAAAAUUGAACAUUCCUCGUACUUUCCUUAUUUGCACUUUGCAUUACAGAGAAUCAAUAGAGUGAAUCAAAUUGCUCUGCUAUGACAAAUACUGAAUACAAAUGUGCAUGGUAAAUAACCCUUGCUCAAAAUAGCUUGUUAAAGGUACACAUUACCAUGAAUCUUUAAUGUGAGACGUGUGAAAUUGCGAAUAUGUUGGUGCAGUUAUGAAAUUUUCUAUCAACUUGUUAGGAGGUUAGAACAUUACAACUAGCGGUAAAUGCAGAAACAUAUAUAAUUUCAAUUUUUUUCUGCAUUAUUAGUAUAUUCUUAUUUUAAAGGGAAACCGUCCUUCUCUGGAAUAGCACCAACAUAUAAACCGAUGAAAAUUUUUGUUGUUUCAAUAUGUUCCAUUUUCCUUUUAUGUAUCUAUUGAAGAUUUAGCACAUUUCAUUAUAAUUCAGUUAUUCUGGAGGAAGAGAAAUGGGAAAAAAAAUCUGUUUCUCCUCAACCUUCUGUGACUUCUCUUUCCAUGGUCACAGGUCCAAAGGGCAAAGUAUUUAGCAGUGAUUGACAGGGAAACAAAAUGGAGGUGCUCAGAUAAAAGCUAUAGGUAAAUAUAGGUGGUCUGUGUGUAUACAUAGGUUAAUCUCUUAGUCCUUAAAAACAUAUAUAUAUAUAUAUAUAUAUAUAUAUAUAUAUAUAUAUAUAUAUAUAUAUAUAUAUAUAUAUAUAUAUAUAUAUAUAUAUAUUUAGAUAUAGGGGAAGAGUCCAAUUAAUAAUAAAAGUCAGAAUAAGUGAUAGUUGUCCUUUAAAGUAUUUUUUUCCCUAAACGUUUUGACUUACAACUGGUUUUCUCUCCCUUCUAGGAAGUUCUUGAGUUGGCAUUUUCAAUUAUGUAUGAGUCCAACUGCCAAUUAAAUUUCAUCGCUCCAGACAAACACGAGGUACGUCUUUUGAAAGUGAUGAUUGUGACAUUUAAAAAAAUAUAAUCAUACUUGCAUUAAAAGCAAAGAAUAGGACAUUCCAUUUUGUAUUAUUUAGUUAUUUUGACUUUAAACCCUUCCUCCACUAUUCAUACGGAAUGUUGACAUACUUGCAAUGUAUAUAAUGUGUUGAUGAAAUUCCCAGCAAAUAUGUAGGUUAAAAGAUGUAUGUAACUGAAGAUUGUUCUCUUGUCACCCAACAUAUUAAACACCCUUAAAAUGAUGUGUGAGUUUAGUUGUAUGCAAGCAAUUAUUAUUACCCAUGGGGUACCACUGCCUUGCUUAGAGUCACUAUUUCUGCUCUCUAGUGAUGUCCCGAACGGUUCGCCACGGACUCAUCAUUGAGUAAACUCUGACCCUGUACCUCACAGUCAGCAGACAUAUUCCAGCCAAUCAGCAGCAGACCCUCCCUCCCAGACCCUCCCACCUCCUGGACAGCUCACUAAGAAUGCAGCUUCACAAUGAAUGUAAAAUGGAUGCUGUCCAGGAGGUGGGAGGGUCUGGGAGGGAGGGUCUGCUGCUGAUUGGCUGGAAUGUGUCUGUUGACUGUGAGGUACAGGGUCAAAGUUUACUCAAUGAUGAGUCCGUGGCGAACCGUUCGGGACAUCACUACUGCUCUCACAACUACACCUAAUCUUCAGGUGCAGCUACAAAAAUUCAAAAACAAAAGCAAAACUUUUUUUGCUUUGUCUAUAAAUGUUCUAGUAAUGUGACUAUUGAUAUGUAUAGAUAAUAUUUUAAUGUCAAUAAACAUCUUUGAGUGGUUUUUCAUAUUGUCGCAGUUCUAAAAGACAGGUAUACAAAUGACAGAGGACCUCCUUGCACCAUAGCUUAUGUGAGGAGCAUAAUUUGUUUUGGGGCAUGGAGAAUCCCUUUAAUAGACAAUAAUUAAAGAUGUUUUAACCUGGACUCUUAUCGAUCAAUGGUUUCUUUUUUUUUUUUUUCACAGUACUGUAUCUGGACUGAUGGCUUAAACGCCCUGCUUGGGAAAGAUAUGAUUAGCGAUCUAACAAGAAAUGACUUGGACACAUUGCUGAGCAUGGAGAUUAAACUUCGUCUUCUGGAUCUGGAAAACAUACAAAUUCCUGAUGUGCCUCCCCCCAUUCCUAAGGAGCCUAGCAACUACGAUUUUGUUUAUGAUUGCAACUGAGAUCAUUCACCUCUGACUCCUGUUUCAACUGGAAUUCCUAACUGGAGAAAAUUAAUAUAAAAAAAAAAAAAUCAAAACAAAAUGUAAAAACCCAAAAGAUAACGAUGCAUUGCUCUUAAUUUAACAUUCGGUGCUCCACUUCCCUCGAAUGGAGCCUUUUUUCUUAACAUAUCAGCUACUUUUGCAUUUGCAUGAUGCAUUGGACAUACACUGAUGACUUGUGUGUUGAAGAAGCAAACCCUUUUCACUAGAAGUUCCAUAAACUUGCUGUUAAUAUUACUAACAUUAUCAACUGAAAUCUCAUCAGACCUAUAAUGAGCUCCGCAUGAAGAGUUUUGAUUUGGGCAAUAAUUGUUGGGUCGAGGAAAUGAAUAGACUUUACAGUCAAUGCUGCUGCUUCUUGUCCUGACUUGAUGCCUAAAAGGAGCUAGACGCAGCAACUAAUGUUAAAAAAGUAACUGCUUAAUGGCUUUGCAUAAUUAUUUUUGUCCUCAAUGGCCCUUUUCUUGACUGCAGCGUGGAAUUCCACUUUCCUCAAAAUAAAUCCAGGGGAUGACCUAACUUGAAUCAGUACGAAUAUUGUAUUAGCAUCUUAAAGAUCACACUUUUAUGCACUGCUAAUAUGAUCAAGACUAUAUUUUGUUCUUGUGCAGUGUGUAACUAUUACACAGUAAAAUAGCAAAACAUUCAAAAUCACAAACGAAAAUCUUUUGAUUGAAGUUUGUUCAUGCAUAUACUAACCAGUGUUUCAUCAUGACAAGUAAAAUAAUCUAUCGUGCUACAGACAUGCUACUAUUAAUGGCAAUACAGAACAUGUCCACACCCUUCCAGCCUUUCAGAAAUUUAAAAUGCACAAUGAAAUGUUCAUGUCUUUUCAAUGUCUUCUAGCAAUUGUUGCAAAUAGCUAUCACAAUCUUUCUGCCACGCCAUACCACCAAAAUUACCAUAUAUCCAUUUGCAAGGUUUCUUAAUUUAUUAUUAGAGUGAACAUAUCCCGAACAUAUGAACAUACCCCAAAUCUUCUCAGCAGAUCGUACUGGGAUCUUGCUCUGUGUAGGAUUUCUAUAAAGAGUGUGCUCUGAAUCCCCCCCUGCCCUUUCCCCACUCCACCCCCCCACUACCAUUGGUUCGACAUGAUCACAUCUGUGGUCUGAGAUUCCUGCAGAUUUAGGGAACAAUUGACUUACAAUAACUAAGUCCGCUGCCAUAUUUGAUUUGACUCAGGAUCAAAUCUUGUGUUUAAGUCAUAAUAAAGAACAUAUUCAGUAGCUCACGUCUAUAGCUGACAUAUAGAAAGCAUCAUCAGUAGGAAGCGAUGUCAUCCCCUGGCUUUCCGUGACCAUAACUGGCAGACUAUGAUAGCAGUACUGGUCAUUCACAGAGGGUAUAACAUAAUCUGAACUCUAGAACACAGUGAGUCUAAAUCAAAGUGACAAACAAUGAUGAACUGAGUUCAACAGCACAUACAUGUCACCUGAUUUUGGAUACUUCUUUCAAUUCGCAAGUUUGCUGUUCAGUUGAGUACAUUGUUUACCUUAUCAGUUUUCUAUUAUAUUUAUUUAAUAUAUGCAGAAGGAAUUGAGAAUAUUUCAUCUAAUAUCAUGAAAAGGAUGUACAUAUUUAUAUCAAUUCAUAAUAAACAGUAUGUGCUUUUCUUCUUUUUGCAGCGUCCUAUAUUGUAAUAGGCUGAAUACAGUUUUGGUUUUAGUAGAUACACACUUUAAUGGGAUUAGGUCUUUUGGAAUAAAGAUGGGGAAAACAGAGAACUGAAAAAACUUAGGAAAGAAAUAUCAGCAAACUGAAAAAGGAAGAGAGUGGUG